AACCUUCCAUCCAGAUCCACGUGAAUCUCUCUGCUGCCUUGUUUCUUCUCAAUGUGAACUUCUUAACCAGCACAGCGUUCAGUUUCAGCAGCACUGAUGAGUUCUGUAAAGCCAUUGCUGCCCUGCUGCAUUACUCACUGCUUUGUAGCUUUACAUGGAUGGGAAUUGAAGCAUUUCACCUGUACCUUAUGCUGAUCAAGGUGUUCAACACUUACAUUCGUUUUUACAUGCUGAAACUCUGCCUUCUCGGUUGGGGCCUCCCAGCUGGCAUGCUUUUAAUCAUCAUUGGAAUGAACAUGGAUAAUUAUGGCCGAUAUUCAAUUCCUGUCAUUGGCAAUUAUAACCCUUCUCACAUGUGUUGGAUAAAAAACAAGACAGUGCAUUACGUUACAAAUGUUGCAUAUUUUGCACUUGUGUUCCUGGGUAACUCUAUCAUGCUGCUAAUUGUGUGUGUGAAGGUGUUCAGAUUGAAAGGGAGAGAUAGAAAGAGUGUAUUCACUGUACUCGGGUUGACGUGUCUACUGGGCAUUACCUAUGGCAUAGCUUUCUUCUCACAUGGACCUCAGAGUGAACCUGCAAUGUACCUGUUCUGCAUCCUGAACCCUCUCCAAGGGUUUUUCAUAUUCCUGUGGUACUGCAUGUUAAUACGAUCACCCAAUCACACAGUCAGCAAGACAAGUAACAAUACAACCAUCUAAUGAAGACAACUGAAAUGUGCACCCAUCUAUUUCUGAAUCACAAUGUUAAACUUUCAUCUUUAAUUUCCCAGCACAGAGCAGCACACCAGGG